AUGCCACUAAGAGACGUGCUCAAGAAGCGGUCUAACAUACAAGGCGAUGCCAUCAGCACACGCAGCACUAGUGCCAAUUCACUCCCGAGUCUUCCCAACCCGAUACCCGAGUUCACCUUUAUGCGCACGACCACACACGAGCAGGAAGUCAUCAUACCACCGUCAUAUCCGGGCGACGAAGAGCCCGUAGCAUCCGAACAAGUGCCCACCGAGAAGAAGCGUCGCAACAUCUUUCGCAAGAGCAGCUCGAACUUUAAUGAGCGCAAGCUUUCAGAAAGACUACACUUUGGUAGAUCGCGAGGUCUCUCCAAGAGCGACACACCGCUGGACCCUCCAGACGCCAAGGGCAGAGUAAAAGAGACCGAGACCAAGGAAAACAAGAUGCAGCGAGAAGCACAAUGGGAGAAGCGAGCCACCAUGAUGGCGUUGAAGAACCCAAUCCUGGAUGGGGAGCGGUCAGAAGCCAGUGAAAAGAAAGGUCAUCGAAGGAGUACUUCGCUGGAAGAAGGCGAAGAAGAUAUCCAGGAAGCCAUUCGUCUGCACGAGGCAGGCGACUUGGAGAAAUCGACACUGAUCUUCGGGAAAUUGGCAGAUCCAAACGGCGCGAAUAAUCCGCUAUGUCAGGUACUCUAUGGUCUUGCUCUACGGCAUGGUUGGGGUAUCGCUCCCUCUGCAGACGCUGCUAUACAUUACUUGAGUCUAGCAGCUUCGAACAGCGCGGCCAUCGAAUCAGCAGCGCUUUCUUCGGGAUCGAAAACAGGUGGCGAAGCCAAAGGCGAGCUGGUUCUCGCCAUCUUUGAGCUUGCAAACUGUUUCCGCUAUGGAUGGGGUAUCAAAGUGGACAAAGUCGCCGCGAGGAACUACUACGAAGUCGCUGCAAAUCUUGGUGAUCCGGACGCUUUGGAAGAAGCAGCUUGGUGCCAUAUGGAAGGUUUUGGCGGGCCCAAAGACAAGUUCAAAGCAGCACAGUAUCUACGGCUGGCCGAAGGCGCUGGUCGCAAAAGUGUGGGAAACAGCUGGAUCUGGAAAGACAAGUACAGUUCACCGACAAAGUGA